AUGCAACAGAAUUUUGGAGACCAACUGAAUUAUAGGCCUCAAAUGGCAUGGCAAAGGAACCUUGUAAACUCACUGGUCACACAAAACUAUGGCCCUGAGUCUAACUGCUGCUUCUCUAUACCCAAACCCUUCUUUCUCUUCUCCUUCUUGUUCUUCUAGUCCUUGUUCAUUUCUAAACCCAAAGCACAGACCCCCUCUCAAGCCUUACCCUUAUCCAUCUUCUUUCAGAACACCUGCUGCUCAGUCUGAGGGAGCUGAGAGUUGGAUUAAAGAGGAAGACCGUUCUGCUUCUUCAUCUGGAUCUUCAUCAUCUGCUCAAACACGUCUGGAUCUUUUGGAGCAACUUACCUCAACUAGCUCAUCAGUUGACGGAGGUUAUGAGAGUGAUGCUAGCUCCCGAAAACUUACUAUCCGUGAGCAACUAGCACAGUUGUUUGGGGAUAGAGAUGAUGAUUUCACAAUUCCACUGGGUAAAAAGUUCAAAAAGGUGAGUCCCAAGGUUUUAACUAUAUCACAGAAGCGGAAUAUCAGAAGACAGGCUUACUUAAAUGAAGUAUCUCAGAGGAAUGAUUCAACUUUCUUUGCCACCAUUGGAGCAUUUGUACUUGUUCCACCUCUUGUAAUAUUAGGAAUUGCUAUAGCAACAGGCUAUGUGCAGCUAAGUUUCCUUAAUUAAUUUGGAGAUGCAGUGCUUCAUAAGUUCAUAUAUUUCCUCUCUUUCCCUUUUAUAUUAAUUUGGUCAGUUGCAGUGGCUUUACUUUCUAGUAAGGUGGUUUGACCUGUUGAUAAUAACUUUAGUAUCAUUCAUGCACCCUUUCUAAGAGCUCAGGAUGUUCUCUCUUACAACAUUGCAGCUUAAAACUGUACUUUACGUAACUGUAUCUGGUUUCUGUUAAGUUUAGUUAGCUUCAGCAGUGAGCUGUGCAUGAAAUCAAAACUAUUUCAUUUUGGCCA